CGUAUCCUUCCCCACCGCUUUCCCUCCCACACUCCCCAUCACCAUUUUCACUCAUUUUUGUCAGUCACUCUGUCUUUCUCUCUCAUCUCCUUUCUUUCUCUCUCUUCAAAAAAACCACAUACCUCCAUUUUUCCUUCAAUCUUUUUCACUAGAUUUCAUCAACACACCCAUAAUUUCCUACUUAAAAACCCAAUCUUUUUUACUACCCAUUUCAAUUUCUCACCUGGGUUUUCCCUUAAACUUACCAUCUUCUCCUAAAAUUUCUUAAUUUCCCCAUUUUAAGCUACUACUUUAACUUACUAAAAAUCAAAUCUUUUUAAGUUUUCACCAUCUGGGUCACUUCAAAAACCUCACAUUUUCACCCCCAUAAAAACCCUCAUUAGAACCCAGAAAAAAAAAUCACCAACAAAAAUAAUAAAAAAAUGGGGUGUGCACAAUCAAGAAUAGAGAAUGAAGAAGCAGUAUCUCGUUGUAAAGAGCGCAAAAUCUUGAUGAAAGAAGCACUUUUAGCAAGAACAGCUUUUGCUGUAGGACACUCAGCUUAUGCAAUCGCCCUUAAAAAUGCUGGCUCAGCUCUCAGUGACUACGGCCAUGGUGAGACAUCAUCUGACACGACGGCCCCACCACCUGUUUCAGCCUCCAAACCACCACCUCCGCCGCCACCGCCGCCGCCACAGGAGCCACUGCUACCACCUCCUCCACCACUGCCAGUGUUCACACCUUCUCCACUGCAACGGUCAGUGACAAUGCCGGAGUUUUCUUCGUCGAAACGAGACGUUUCGAGUAUGGGUUCAUUGGAGGAUGACGCUGGUGGUGGUGGUGGCGGUGAUGGUGGUGGUGGUGGUGGAGAUGAGAAGAGUGGGAGGAGGGAGGAGGAGAAUGGGAUGAAAGGAAUGGCUUGGGAUUAUUUUUUUAUGUCUGAUAAUAAUAUGAUGGGUGGCGCUGGAUUGGAUGAGAUUGGUGAGGAAGAUGAGGAUGAUGAUGAUGAUGAUGAUGAUGAUGAUCAUGAUGAUCAUGAGGGAAUGGUGGAGGGGGGAAAUGAGGGAGUUGAGUUUAAGACACCAGAGAAGAAGGUGGAGGUGGGUGGGAUUGAGAUGGGGAUGGGAAUGGGGAUGGAGACGCCACCGCCGCCGCCUCCUGAGGCUGAUGUGAGGCAUUUUGUGCAUUCGAAUACGGCGCCGGCUGAAGUUUUGUUGGGGAAGAUGGAGAGUGUUGAUGAUAGUGGUAGUAGUAAGGUGAAUUUGAUGAAAGUUUUAGAGGAGAUUGAUGAUUAUUUUCUUAAGGCUUCAGAGUGUGCUCAAGAGGUUACUAAGUUGUUGGAAGCUCAUAAGUUACAGUAUCAUUCUAAUUUUGCUGAUAAUAAAGUGCCUGUUGAUCAUGCUGCAAGAGUUAUGCGUGUCAUCACAUGGUCAUCAAAAGGCAUUUCUGAAGGUGGAAAUAAUGACUCUGAAGACAGUGAGACACUCGCCACUGUAUUGGAUAAAUUAAUGGCUUGGGAGAAAAAACUGUAUGAAGAAGUUAAGGCUGGUGAACUGAUGAAGCUGGAGUACCAGAGAAAAGUGUCAGUGCUUAAUAGACAGAAGAAACGUGGUGCCAGUGCCGAGUCACUAGAGAAAACAAAAGCAGCUGUUAGUCAUUUACACACUCGAUAUAUAGUUGACAUGCAGUCUAUGGACUCAACUGUAUCAGAAGUAAAUGAAUUACGAGAUCAACAAUUGUAUCCUAAACUUGUUGAACUAGUUGACAGAAUGGCUCAGAUGUGGGAGGAUAUCUGUAUACACCAUGAUAACCAGCUGCAGAUUGCUACUGAACUCAAAUCCCUCGAUGUCAUACUUACUCCCCGAGAAACUAGCAAGCCCCACUAUCAUUGCACUCUCCAACUCUCAAAUGUUGUUCAACAAUGGCAAGACCGAUUUGAGACUCUUGUACACCAGCAGAAACACUAUGUACGAUCUCUCAACAGCUGGUUGAAACUGAACCUCAUCCCCAUAGAAAGCAACCUCAAGGAGAAAAUCUCUUCCCCGCCUCGGGCACACCACCCCCCAAUUCAAGCCCUUCUCCAUGCGUGGCAUGAUGCCCUGGAAAAGCUUCCCGAUGAGGUUACUAGAACUGCCAUCUCCUCCUUUGGUGCUAUGAUCAAGACCAUCAUAUUGCACCAAGAUGAGGAGAUGAGGUUGAAGGAGAAAUGUGAGGAGACAAGGAAGGAGUUUUUAAGGAAGAACCAGGCAUUUGAGGAUUGGUAUCACAAGUACAUGCAGCGGAAGGGACCAGAAGCGAUGGAUUCGGAGAGAGGUGAAGAUGGUCCAGGCAAGGAUCCAGUAUCGGAGAGGCAGGUUGUGGUGGAGAGCUUAAAAAAUAGGUUGGAGGAUGAGUUGGAGAAAUACCAGAGACAUUGUGUUCAAGUGAGAGAGAAGUCACUUGGAACCCUCAAAACUCGGUUGCCAGAGCUUUUUCGAGCUUUAUCAGAAUAUGCUCAUGCCAGCUAUGACUCUUAUAAUAAACUCCGGGCUAUUGUGCUUUCUCAUGGUUCUAAUGGUGUUCCUUCUUGACGAUGUAAAACUGAUUUAGCUGAAUUCUUAGUAUUUUAUGUUUUGUAUAAGUUAAUUUAAAAUGGGUUAGAUUAA